AUGUCCAUAGUACAAAUGGAAGAGAUGUGCAAAAAGAAAGACAUAAGUCUGUCCGAUAAAAUAUGUGGCUUAUCUCUGCAUGAUACGAAAGACUUAUUUGUGGAUCUGACCAACUUUGUCAUGUACAGCAAUUACGAAGAGCAAAUGAAAAAUGAGAAAAAAAUUCUCACAUGCAUUCACCGGACGUUAACGUUUAUGAAGGAAAAUAUAAAAAAACAAAUCGAAGAAUUGAUCAAUUCAUCUAGGCAAUAUAUCGAUGAGCUAUUCGGGAGUUACUACAUUUUGGACAAGAAGGGGUGGGAAGCCUUAUCGAAGUUGAAAUUAUUCUUAGACAUGAAUGGAGACCAGGAUAUGUUGUUGGUCAAUGGAAGGGAUAUAAUUUUGUACGCGAUGGAUGUCAAUUUCUCGAAGAAAGUUCCCCUAAAUACGCAGGAGUUGUUGGAACAUUUUACUGAAUCGUUUAAACAUAACAGGAAUAUAUUUGAACAAUACCAAAAGGAAUUUUAUAAGAUUGAGAAGGACAUAAAAACAUAUUUAGGAAAUGGAGGGAAGAGAUUCCCACUGAAAUUUACACACUGGAAUAAUAGCUACAACAAUGUUACCCAGAAUGUGGCAGCGAGAGUGUUUAUGGAUGAUUUUUACGACUAUUUUUCCCUCCUAGAAAUGAAGUUAAAGUAUAACCCUGAGAAAUUCACAGGGAUAGACAUAUCCUUCCUGGAGGAGACGCUAGAAUCGAUUAAUAAUAUUAUAAAAUCCAUCAUUGAAUAUAAAACGGAGAAAUUAUUUGGUCUCUUAAACAAUAUAUUUCAGGGAUAUUUAAGGUCCAUUUUGGGGUUUUUCACCCACCUAUUUGAUACAAAACGUAAAAAAAAUAAAGUGGUUUUAGAAACCAUUGCGAAAGAAAAGAUGGACCAUGUGUACGAAAGUAAUUUUCUAUUCGAUGUCGAAUCCCAUUUUAUGAAAGUCAAUUUCGGAUUGGAUAUCAACAGCAGAAGUCUCCAGUUGCUAAAAAAUGAAAUAGAAAACGCCAAGGUGGAGGAGCAGGAGCGGCAAAUCAUGAAUAUUUUCAAAGUUAUCGUGCACGAAUUAAUGUAUAGAAAACAAGUUAUGGAAUUUUCCACCCUCGUCAAGUCGUUGAAGGAAAAUUCCAAAACGGUCAUGUCCUAUUUUAGGGAAUUUUGGGGGUGUAUGAGCAGGAAAAAUUACACUUGA